GUUGUUUUAUUAAAUAUCUCCGCCGAUUCAUUCACCGACUACGAGCCGUCAACGACGAGUUCUCUCUUCAAACCGCUUAUCUUCCAUUUUUUCCUCUCUAUAUUGGUUGAUUGUUCAUUGUUUCUCAGAAUCGAUUGAAGUUAGAAUCUGAAAACUGCGGAGAAGAAUCAGCGGCAGGCUUCAAGAAGAGGAAAAUGCCGGGCCUAACCUGUAACGCCUGCAACAAAGAAUUCAAUGACGCAGAGGAGCAAAAGCUCCACUACAAGUCCGAAUGGCACCGCUACAAUCUCAAGCGCAAGGUAGCUAAUGUUCCUGGGGUUACAGAGGCCUUAUUUUUAGCUAGACAAUCUGCUGCUGCUGCACAAGAGAUUGACAAAUCAAGAGAGACCUCAAUGUUAUACUCUUGUGGUCUUUGUGGCAAAGCCUAUAGGAGUGCCAAGACUCAUGCCCAACAUCUUAAAUCUAGGAGUCACAUCGUCCGAGCUUUGCAAGGAGAACACGACCAAGAAGUUGAAAAGCCAAUAAUUAAGCCCCUUCCUCAGCGAAUUUCGAAUAAGCCUCCUCAUCAAAGUGAGGAGGAAAAGAGUGAGGACGAGUGGGAAGAAGUUGACCCUGAUGAAGACUUGGUUAUUGAUGCUACAAAGUCCCUAACUGAUUUAUCUGUUAAUGACUCAAAUAAUGAUGUGGAUGGUAGUGAGGAUGAUGGUUAUGAGGCCAUUGAGGUGGAUUUGGAUCCAUCAUGCUGCUUCAUGUGUGAUCUAGAGCAUGAUACCAUUGAUAGCUGCAUGGUUCACAUGCAUAAACAACAUGGAUUCUUUAUUCCCGACGUUGAAUAUUUGAAGGAUCCGAAAGGCUUCCUUACAUACCUCGGCCUGAAGGUGAUGAAGGAUUUCAGGUGUCUGUACUGCAAUGAUAGGUGUCUUCCUUUUAGCAGCUUGGAAGCUGUUAGGAAGCAUAUGGAAGCUAAAAGCCAUUGCAAAGUGCAUUAUGGCGAUGGAGAUGAUAAUGAGGAAGUAGAGUUGGAGGAAUUCUAUGAUUACAGCAGCAGUUAUGCGGAUGGAAGUGGCAAUCAGCUGGUACCAUCAGGUGCUGCGGCCAAUUCUGUUGAACUUGGCAGUGGUGGAGCUGAGCUCAUCUUAGUUCAAAAAAAUAGUGAUGGGCAAUCGACCAAGACACUUGGUUCGAGGCAGUUUCUGCGUUAUUAUCGUCAAAAACCACGACCAUCUCCUGCAAAUGAUGUGGCCAUAACUGCAGUAUUGGCAGCAAGGUACAAGAGCAUGGGAUUGGCAACUGUCCAGUCAAGAGAGAGGACGAUUAGGAUGAAAGUGAUGAAAGAAAUCAAUCGAACCGGGGUGGAAGCCAUGCGUACGAAGAUCGGAUUGAAGAACAACGUGAUCCGAAACCUGCCCAAGAAUGUUCCAUUCUAGUGGGGUAUUUUUCUAGCCUUACAUCACAUCAUAAUUAUUAAUUCAAAUGCUUAUGAUAGAAGAACAAUCGGCUCUAAUAGGGUGCGAUUGUAUUGUUUUGUAAUCUGGGAUAUUUUCUGCUUGUUUUCUUUUAACACUACAUAGAUUUGUUUGUCUUUUUUAUGGUUGAUUUGCCAUUUUCCAGAUUAAAUAAGUUUUCCAUUCUAAUAUGAA